AGUGAUUUAGUAACUUAGCUAGCUUGCUAGUUGUAGUAAACAGUUGGCUUAAACGGGGGCUCUGAGUGGUCCAGAUUGCCAAGGACAUGUCAACAUGCGCUUUCAGAUCUUUCUGAAGACAUGUCUUUACCACAUCACAUUACUCCUAAUGUGAUAUUGGUCAGCACAUGGAUGUGUUAGCUAAAGUAUUGAAGCUGAAAAGACAUGGCUUCACAUGUGUCAGAGGAGUCAUGUGCUAAUCUUCACCCACCUAGUAUUAGGAGCACUGAUAUUGAACGGGUUAGCUCAUAUGAACACAGAUAUGAUAACUGGCUUUCCAAUUAAUAGAAAAUGGGGUAAUUCAAAAUAAAGAUGUUAUUCUAAAGAUCUUGCAUGUUCAGAAUUAGAAUUUCACAAACAGGCAUGCAAAACCUCAACACUGUGACUGUUUUUUGUAAUUUCCUUCAGACACAUCAUUUUGAGACAAAAGACAUCUAAAUAUAAAUGCAUCUUCUGUUAAAAUACUUCCUGACAGCGUUCUUCUCGCACUGCUGUGAUGUGAAUCAGCUUUUGGUGUGGUCUUUCAUUCUCUACACUUUAAAGUGUUUUUCUUACAGCUUCUCCGAAAGCAAGAGAUCAAAAAUAGGGAAACACCUCUAUAAGAUGAGACACAUCAUAGGAAAUCUUGGUCCUACACAAACACACACACACAUGUAUAUCUAAAUAGGGAAGGUUCUUGUUAAAGUGUACUACUUAGAAAAGUAGGUCUUUACCAGAAAUGUGAAGACCUUUAGGCAAUAGUAUGUUAAAUGCUGCAAGGCUGUGUUUGUGUGUGUGUGUGUGUGUGUGUGUCUGUUUUUUUGUGCAAAAGAGACAGAGUUAGAAGCAGAAGUGACACAGGAAGUCAAAGAGGCUUGUGGUGUACAGCUCAUAUGCCUCAAUUUAAAGAAGCGGUUUGCAGUGCAAUGCUCAGUGCUGUGAUGAGACGAACACUUUGAAACUCCACUGAGCGUGUCCGUUUGGACAGUCUGCUUUGAGAACAUGUUCUCUGAAUGUGGGAUGUCUGUGUCAUCACAAUAAGGUGGACAACGUUUAACUUCACGUAUCAUUUUGGCUGUCGGCAAGACUUUGAAGAGGCAGCUAACAAGAUAUGGGAAACAGUGGAGAGGAGGGAAAAAUGCAUUUAUCCCGCAGACUGUCCCGUAUAGGAAGCAGAGGACAGAGAGAACCACCAAGACCCCCACCACAGGCAGAAAAACCCCCAACCCCGGCCCCACCAGCUGCCACUGCAAGACCACCUGAACCUGCUCCAAAACCUCCAGAAGCAAGUGCUAAGCCCUUAGAACCUGCUCCCAGACCCCAACCUGUCGUUUCAAAGACCCCUGAGGUCGCUCCAAAGCCCAAUAUUCCUCCAAAACCACAAAUACAGGAAUUCAACAGCACAGACCAUGGAAAUGCCAUACUUCAGGGGCUGGAUCAUUUUCGCUGUGAUAAGACGCUGUGUGAUGUCACUCUGGUGCCCGGAGACAGCAGUGAAACUUUCCCAGUUCACAGAGUGAUCAUGGCAUCAGCCAGCGAUUACUUUAAGGCCAUGUUCACAGGGGGGAUGAAAGAACAGGACCUGCAGGAAAUUAAACUCCACGGUGUGAGCAAAACUGGAUUAAAGAAUAUUAUUGAAUUCAUUUAUACUUCUCACCUAAAUCUAAGUUUAAGCUCCCUCCAGGACACGUUAGAGGCAGCCAGUUUCCUCCAGGUGCUUCCAGUCCUGAACUUCUGCAACCAGCUCUUAAAUAGUGAGGUCACCAUUGAAAACUGUGCAGAAGUUGAGCGCAUUGCUAGUGAUCUUCUCCUGGAAGAUGUUCAGACCCACAUUCACAACUUCGUGUGCCAGAACUUUGCAGCUUUGGUGCAGAGUGGACGCUUUCUGGAACUGUCCGAGGCCACCAUAACCUUUGCUCUGUCCAGUGACUCUCUGAAAGGCUUCUCGGAGAUGGAGCUCUACCGUGCUGCCCGCGCUUGGCUGGCGCACAGUCCCAGCGAGCGUCGGCCUGCUGCGUAUUCCCUGAUGCGGCACAUCCGCUUCCCUCUGAUGACCCCUGCUGAGCUCCUGCAGAUAUCUCAGGAAGAUCAGACAGAUGAGGGCAGUGAAGGGGAGAAAAAAAAAGAGGAGCCUUUCAUGCGUUCUGACACAGCCUGUGUGAACCUCCUGUUGGAGGCCAGCAACUACCAGAUGCUGCCGUUCCUUCAGCCAGCUCUGCAGACAGAGCGGACCCGCAUUAGGUCAGACGCUACACACCUGCUGGCUCUGGGUGGGGUGAUGAGGCAGCAGCUGGUGGUCAGCAGGGAGUUAAGGCUAUACGAUGAGGAGGGAGAAGGUACGUGGAGGGCUCUGCAGCCCAUGGAGGUUCCUCGUUACCAGCACGGCGUGGCCCUCUUGGGAGGAUUUCUCUAUAUUGUUGGUGGACAGAGCACUUACGAUACGAAGGGCAAGACUGCAGUGGACAGCGCUUACAGGUACGACCCUCGCUUUGACCGCUGGCUGCAGGUGGCCCCUCUAAAUGAAAAGAGGACAUUCUUCCAUCUGAGCGCUCUGAAGGGGAAGCUGUAUGCUGUUGGGGGGAGGAACGCCACAGGCGAGAUUGAUACAGUAGAGUGUUACAACCUGAACAAGAACGAGUGGACCUUUGUUGCGCCCAUGAGUGAACCUCAUUACGGCCAUGCUGGGACAGUACAUGGAGGACUUAUGUUUGUGUCAGGUGGAAUAACGAGAGAUGCCUUCCAGAAAGAGCUGUCGUGUUACGACCCGGACACAGACUCGUGGAGUCGUCGAGCAGACAUGAUGGAGCUCCGUGGUCUACACUGCAUGUGCACUGUGGGCGACCGCCUCUAUGUCAUGGGUGGAAACCACUUCCGCGGAACCAAUGACUAUGAUGAUGUUCUCAGCUGUGAAUACUACAGUCCCUCAACUGACCAGUGGACACUGGUGGCUCCAAUGCCCAGGGGUCAGAGCGAUGUUGGCGUGGCCGUGUAUAAGGGGAAAAUUUACGUGGUGGGUGGUUACUCGUGGAACAGUCGGUGUAUGGUGGACAUCGUCCAGUGUUACGACCCUGAAAAAGACGAGUGGGAGAGGGUGUUCAAUGUGCUGGAGCCUCUUGGAGGAAUACGAGCCUGCACCAUGACUGUCCACCGUCCAGAUGCUUCUGUGGACGAAGCUCAGAUUCAGGAAUGUCCCGUCCUAACAGCGAAGAACUGAAAUACAGAGCACAGAUCGUUUUUUUUGUGUGCCUACCUGUGGCACAGACUUGUGGGCACUGGUACCAUGCGUUAAACACGCAAUUAGUGCAACAAUAAUAAGAUUAACUUUCGAGAAGUAAUGGGUUCAUCUUUAUAUGAAUUAAUUGCUCUUUGAAUUAUUUUUUUUAUAUAUUUGAGCCUGACUCUGUGCCUCCGUGUGAAGAGUCAUUGUAAAUGUCUUGUCCUUCAUUGUGUGGUUUCAUAAAGUGAUUGUUAAUUUGCUUUUAUAUCUGCUACUGAUUAAAGGUUAGAAGAUGCUGUACAGAUGCUAUACAGAUAGAAUUUUGUCAGUAACAAGAUGAGUAACAGUGAAUAGUACUCAGGGUAUCUGCAGAUCCUUAUAAAGUCUUUGGAAAAAAAAGCAAUAAUUUGUUUUAAAAUAUCUGAAAUCUCCCAAAGUUUAAGAAAUGUCACAGACUGUAAAUAAAAUGUUGUAUCUUAACUCCCUGGACUGUCAAUUAGAUCAACAUUUGGAAGUGAAAUGAUAGUCCAACAAAAGUACAAAAGAGGAAACUAAUGUAGUGCUUUAAAUACAGUUUUGGUUUUAUUACUGCUCAUUGCAUUUAGCAGUUUCUAAAUUUAAUAUGCACAUUAGCUUGCUGAUUUUGCGGUAAACUGAGCUAAGCAAACCAAUUUCAUUAUUUAUGCCUCUGAGAGGUGCAAUGUUCAUGUAAACCAGGGGUGUCCAAACCGUUUCCUUUUUUGGAGCGGCCCGCGAGGUAUUUUAGAAAUAGAAUGAAAGUUGGCCCGCUGCUAAGCAGGUUUUUAUAAUGUGAGAUUCAAAGUUUAGACGCUAGGUGUCAGAAACGGGCCAAAGAGUCUAAAAGCGGAGAGAGUGUGCAAUUAUAGCGCAGAAAAACGGGCCAAAGAGUCUAAAAGCGGAGAGAGUGCACAUUUCAAGCGCAGAAAAACGGGCCAAAGAGUCUAAAAGCAGAGAGGGUGCGCAUUUCUAGCGCAGAAAACCGGGCCAAAGAGUCUAAAAGCGGAGAGAGUGCGCAUUUCUAGCGCAGAAAAACGGGGCAAAGAGUCUAAAAACGGAGAGGGUGCACAUUUCUAGCGCAGAAAAACGGGCCAAAGGGUCUAAAAAUUGUCGUAAUUAAGGAGUUUAAUAUUAAAAGACAUCAUGAAAAUAAACAUCAAUUAGAAAAAUCUUAGUUUACACAACACUGUCAAACAUAAAGAUAGUAAGUCAAGUAAAAUAGUGUGUAAAUGAAAUAAUCAGGAAAAAAGUAUUAUUUAAAGUUGUAUAUUUCAUUAUUUGUUUUAUUAUAGAGUUUGGCCCGUGACUUCAAAUAUGUUUCUCCUUCUGGCCCCCAAUAAAAAAAGUUUGGGCACCCCUGAUGUAAACAUUAAUUUAUUUGGACAGCUAGUGGAGGCAGUACUGUAGGCAUGGGGAAAUCAUAGGCAUGGGUGGCAGGUAAGUCAGUUUUUGCACUGGACUAUAUUUAAAAAUACAGAACAGUAUGCAGCAGAAGUGCAGUUCCAUAUUUGGCAAUUUAUGGUUGUUUAAAUAUUGGUCACAAGCUUACUGUAGCAUUAGUAAUAGUGUUUUGUGCUUGUUGAUAUUUUGUUUUUGUGAUUAUAUGAUUUUUAUUAGUGGGAUUAAAAGUCUUAAUGUUUUAAAUGUAAUUUCUCCUUACCUGCAGAUACCCUGGUACUGUAUUUUUUUUGUUGUUGUUGUUGGAUUAGCUUGUUUUUUUAUAUGUUUCUUUUUUUUUCUUUUGGGUUAAGAUCUUAUGAUCGGGAGAUCGCUGGUUCGAAUCCUGUUCAUGUAGCUUGCUAUCAGCUACUGGAGCCCUGAGGGAGGCCUUGCUCUCUCUGGGUGGGGAGAUGGCGCUCUCUCCCCACGUCACUCCAAAGGGUUCUGAACAAACACCCAACGAUGCGCGAUUAGGAGGAAAAGAUUUUGAACUCCUGUGUAACAUGAUUUGACUGUAAGAUGCUUUGUAUUAGAACAUCAGCCAAAUGCCUUAAAUGUAAUGUAAAACGUCUUGAGAAAAAGAUCUUUGUACCAUUUGUCCACUUAAUAAAGGUCUCAGGAAUAAACAGCAAA